ACUGACCGGAGCCCGGAGGCAACUGGACAUAAUUAUAUCUGUUUCACACUUAAGAUUUAGAUGCACACACUACUGCUCUCUCCAGUGAGUAGAUAGUCACCGUUUCAAACGCACGCUGCUUUCCUUUGCGUGUACAUACAAUAUUCAUACCAGCUGGACAUCAGCUUUUUUUCAACCGUCAAUAUGAGUGAUGUUCCAGAAACAGACACGUUUGUUGUUACUCCCCAUCAGUUCAUUCUGGGGCAGUGUCUAAACACGGUACCUCAGAUCAUCCUAUUGGUAGGCGGCUUCUUCUUAUUAGAAGCAGGCAGUGUGCGGUCCAAGAAUGCCACAUCUAUUCUUAUGAAGAACAUUAUCAAUAUGAGCAUAGGCAUAACUGCGUUCUGGCUGAUCGGUGGCGGUAUACUGCUCGGAGAUACCUCUGCGGGGGGGAUUUUUGGCACUCAAGCAGAAGUAUACGCACUGGCGGGUGGGUUUUCGUUGGGUGAGACUACCUUAACGGCGUGGAUGGUAUUGGUAUUCUUCGGCCUCACAUCGACCACCAUCCCCUCCGGUGCCUUCGCUGAGCGCUCUACUAUGGAAAUGUACGCAUGGUACACCUGGUGGACCAAUUUGAUUUUUUUCCCCUUGGUGGCACACUGGUCUUGGAAUAAAAAUGGUUGGCUGUUUCAGUGGGGCUUUCACGAUACUGCUGGCUCGUCAGUGGUUCACGGCUACGGUGCUUUCACGUCUCUUGCUGGUUGCUAUCUUCUUGGGCCUAGAUUAGAACAUGUGGACGUGAACGGGAAGUGGAUACGAAAGCCGCCUACACUUGUGGGUCAUUCUGUGCUAAUGCAGGU